AUGUGGUUUGCAAAUAUAUACUAGGGCAUGAAGUGUACAUUCAGUCCACUACUCUUCUGCCUAAAUUUAGUGGUUUUGCAGAGGCGUUUGUCUUGUCCCAGAGACAGGCCACCAUACGCACGUAACGUGGUCUGCACACAUACAUGUUCACUCUCUCUCCGACUACGUUCUACAUCAGUGUGCAGGCAUUUGACGUACGUUUUGCCAAUGUGCAAUCAAUUUGACCCAUUCCACGCGGCGGUCAGCAAGGGAGGGUGGUGCCUGGGGCGUGUGCGGGGCAGGAGGUGUGUGCACAUCAGCACCCUGGAGAAGGACACGGUGCUCAGCACCUGUCCCGCUCCAUCUGGGUGGAAGCAGGGAGGGUGGUUGCCCUCUCCUCUUUCACUCUGAGACAUGUAGCCUCUGUGAAUAAGAGGGCUCUUCAUUAACCCUGAAGAUUUUCUCGGUUUGAAGGCAACCAGUCUACCUGACCUUUUUCAAUGGCAGAGAGCCACUGUGUGCCUAGAGGGCAACCAAGUCACCUUCAGUCUAGAAGGAGCACCAUGGUCCUUCUAAAUGCUCACCCUUUAUCCCUCGCUCAUGCUGGCUUUGCUUCCGUGGUGAGCUCUGGAUAUGUUGUAAAUGCUGCCCAAGCAAAAUGGAGUGAUUUCUCUCUGUGGAUCUUGUCAUGCUCAAGAAGUCAGAUACUUAAGACUGUUUCCCCACCACUUCAUCACCAUUUGUCUUUUCCUUUUGACACGUGGAUCACCUCCCUUGUUCUAUACUUACUUGACAACAGUGCAAAUAGUCUCCGAAUGGACAAAGGGGAUGUUACUAGAUGUAGAGCCUACCUUUUUUGGCAAUUACAGUCUCAAUUAAAUCUGUGUUGGUUCUCAUGGUCUGUUUGAAUCACUCAAAUUUACAGGACAGUGUACUCUGUAAAUUAAACUUUAUGAGCUUAUUAGGAAAGAAAACAAACAUACAUGACAAAUAAGGGUUCAGUCCACUUUGUACAGACUAGUCUAACAUGGGAAUUCACUAAUUCCUCACUUAAGGCAUGAGAUUUCUAAUUCACAAGUUCCCUAACUCGCAACUCCUAACUUCUUGCCUGUGAGCAAAAUAGUUACUUAGCUGAUGGUGGGAAUGCUCAUCCUUCCUCUUCCAUCGUGUGCUGGUGUCCUCUGUAUUACACUGGGAAACACAAAAGUCUCAGCAGUCCAGCUGCUGCUGGAUCUGCUUCAAAAACUUUUUGGCUGCUUUUGCAGGAGUCCUACACUGUUUUACAUCAUGUUUUGUCUAACUGCUUCAGAAAAGUCUGGCCAGUGUUUUCUUUGUGUAUGGAAGAAUGGCCUUUCAACUACUUUUUGUCAACGUAAUCCUCAUGUUUCAGACAAAGCUCCUCUUGGUAAUUGUGUCACAUAACAACUCUUUUUGAAAAUGACCGUCAUUUUUCUCACCUAUCAACGCUAGAAAGAGAAAUGGCUUUUCGCACGGAAAUGGGUCUAUAUUAUUCCUACUUCAAGAUCAUAAUUGAGGCACCAUCAUUUUGGAAUGGAGUAUGGGCAAUUAUGAAUGACAGGCUAACUGAGUAUCCUUUAGUGAUUAACACCUUGCAGAGGUUCAAUCUUUACCCAGAGGUGGUCCUCGCCAGCUGGUACCGCAUAUAUACUGCCAUUAUGGAUUUCCUUGGUGUACCGACAAAGACAUGUUGGACUGUAAACAGAGGAAAAGGGCUUAGUCCUGUUGAAAGCUGCGAGGGGUUGGGAGACCCUGCUUCCUUUUAUGUUGCUGUGAUUUUUCUUUUGAAUGGAUUAAUGAUGUCACUGUUCUUCAUAUACGGUACAUACCUCAGUGGGAGUCGUCUAGGAGGCCUUGUUACCGUGAUGUGUUUCUUUUUCAACCAUGGAGAGUGCACUCGUGUGAUGUGGACUCCACCUCUUCGUGAAAGUUUCUCAUACCCAUUCCUUGUGCUUCAGAUGUUGCUUUUGACCUAUAUUCUCAGGAUUCCGAAUAUUAAUACAGGAAGCUUGAUUGCACUGUGUGUUUCUAAUAUCUUUUUCAUGCUUCCCUGGCAGUUUGCUCAGUUUGUUCUUCUAACACAGAUAGCUUCACUAUUUGCUGUGUGUAUUAUGGGUUAUAUUGACUCCUGCAAAUUACAGAAGAUACUCUCUGCUCAUAUGGUAUCUCUUGUAGUGUGUUUUAUUCUGAUGUUUGGUAAUUCAAUGUUGUUGACAUCGUAUUAUGCUGCAUCUUUAGUAGUUAUCUGGGGAAUUCUUGAAUUGAGUCCAAAAGUCUUGAAAAGUGGCAGAAGAGAAAUCUAUAUAUGGGUCAUUGAAGGAUGUGCCUGGUUAUUUGGGACAGUUACCUUGAAAUACCUAACUUCUUUGGUACUUGGAAUAGCUGAUGAUGCUCAUAUUGGAAAUAUUUUAAAAUCUAAAUUUAUUGGCUACAAGGAUUUUGAUACAUUAAUGUAUACCUGUGCUGCAGAGUUUGACUUCAUGGAAAAAGAGACUCCAGUAAGAUACACAAAGACUCUGCUAUUACCAGUUGUUCUGGUGGUUUUUGGGGUAAUCAUCAAAAGGGCAAUUAAAUAUCUUAUGUGGAUCUUAUCUCAGACGGGCCAAUAUGAAAGAGAGGAACGUUUUAACCAUGGUGAGCUGGUAUACCAUGCAUUGCAGCUGUUGGCAUACAGCGUCCUAGCAAUUUUAAUCAUGAGACUAAAACUCUUUUUGACACCACAUCUAUGUGUUAUGGCUUCCUUGGUGUGUUCAAAACAGUUGUUUGGAUGGCUCUUCUGUAAAAUCCAGCCCAAAACAUUGGUCUUUGCUAUUUUAGCAUUGAUGGCAAUAGAGGGAUCAGCAAAUCUUCAAACUCAAUGGAAUAUCAUGGGAGAAUUUAGCAAUUUGCCACAGGAGGAACUUUUAGAGUGGAUAAAAGUCAAUACCAGACAAGAUGCAGUUUUUGCAGGAGCAAUGCCUACAAUGGCAAGUGUUAAAUUGUCUACACUUCGUCCUAUAGUAAAUCAUCCACACUAUGAAGAUGCAGGGUUAAGGGCCAGAACUAAAGUAGUGUAUUCCAUGUACAGUCGAAAACCUGCAAAAGAAGUAAAACGAGAAUUGGUAAAACUAGGAGUGAAUUACUACAUUCUGGAAGAGUCAUUGUGUGUAAGCAGAAAAAAGCCUGGUUGCAGUAUGCCUGAAAUUUGGGAUGUCGAAGAUCCUGCUAAUAGUGGCAAAAUUCCUUUGUGUACCCUUAUGAGCAAGGAUUCCAGGCCAUAUUUCAUCACAGUAUUUGAAAACAGCAAUUACAGAGUCUUGAAGAUUCCAAAGGAGUAACAUUUCAAUGCAAAGAACCAUGAGUCUUUCAACUUUUUAAACUAGUAACUAUAAGAAUUCUAAAUCGGAAAUACCUUUUCUACUAGACUUAAAAUGGAAAAAUGUGUAUUUUAUUUUUUACCAUUUUAAGUGAAUUCUGAUUAUAGAAAUAUCUUAAACCUAACAGUUUGGAUUUCUAUUUCAGGGUCAGUCCCUUGAGAUUUGCUAUGCAAA